UUUGGCCAAUAUCGCUCGGCGAGCUGACGAUCGGCGCGCGGCAUCUUAUCAGCUCUUGAUAACUAGGCUCGAGAGGGGAAUUUUUCCACCAGUCAAAUGUCUCUGCUCGUGACACGCACUCUCUUGGCCACGUCGAAGAGAAUCCAGCUCAUCCGCACCAUGUCUUCCUCCACUUAUCUCGUCGACGAUCCCAAGUUCGCCUUCCUGCGCGAUCUCGGGCUGCAGCGUGAGAACGCCGGCGUGUACAGCGGCUCGUGGAUGGGCUCUGGGCCCGUCGUGAAGUCCGUGGAUCCCGCCAGCGGACGCGUGAUCGCCGAGGUGCGCACGGGAACCGUGGAGGAGAUGCGUGAGUGCAUCCGGACGGCGGAUGAGGUGUACAAGGAGUGGAGCCGCCUGCCGGCGCCGUUCCGCGGCGAGAUCGUGCGCCAGAUCGGCGACGAGCUGCGCAAGUUCCGCGAGCCUCUCGGGAAGCUCGUGUCGCUGGAGAUGGGCAAGAUCCAGGGCGAGGGCGUCGGCGAGGUGCAGGAAGUCAUCGACAUCUGCGACUACGCCGUCGGACUGUCGCGCAUGUUCGCCGGACAGGUUCUGCCGUCGGAGCGAAGCCAGCACGUGAUCCUGGAGAAGUGGCGGCCGCUGGGCUGCAUCGGCGUGAUCUCGGCCUUCAACUUCCCGUGCGCCGUCUACGGCUGGAACGCCGCCAUCGCGCUGGCCGUGGGCAACUCGGUGCUGUGGAAGGGCGCGCCGUCGACGUCGCUCGUGUCCGUGGCGACGGCGAAGAUCUUCGCGGACGUGUUCAAGCGCAACAAUCUGCCGCCGGUGGCGACGCUGUGCCAGGGCGGCGCCGACGUGGGCGACGUCCUGGUGAAGGACGACCGCGUGAAGCUGGUCUCCUUCACGGGCAGCUCCGCCGUGGGCCAGAAGGUGGGCGUCGAGGUGCAGCGGCGCUUCGGCAAACUGCUGCUGGAAUUGGGCGGGAAUAAUGCGCUGGUGAUUAACGAUGACGCCAACUUCGGCAUGGCUCUCGACGCCGCCUUCUUCGGCUGCAUCGGCACGGCCGGGCAGCGCUGCACGACCACCAGACGACUCAUCCUGCACGAGAAGAUCCACGACGAGUUCCUGGCCAAGCUGAAGACGCGAUACGACAACUUGUCCAAGAGAGUCGGUCAUCCGCUGGACGAGAAGACGCUGUACGGACCGCUGCACAACCAGCAGGCGGUGGACAACUAUCUGAACACAGUGGAGGCGGCCAAGAAGCAGGGCGGCGUCAUUCUCACCGGCGGCAAGCGGAUGGACAGGCCGGGAUUCUUCGUGGAGCCCACGAUCGUCACGAAUCUGCCGCACGACUCGCCGGUGGUGAAGUCCGAGUGCUUCGCGCCCAUCGUGUACGUGCUGAAGGCGAAGGAUCUGGACCAGGCGAUCGAGUGGAACAACGAAGUGGAUCAGGGACUGUCGUCGGCGCUCUUCACGCGCGACGUCGGCAACAUCUUCCAGUGGAUCGGCAACCACGGCUCGGACUGCGGCCUGGUGAAUGUCAACACAUCGCCCUCGGGCGCAGAGAUCGGCGGCGCGUUCGGCGGCGAGAAGCACACCGGCGGCGGCCGCGAGUCCGGCUCGGACGCGUGGAAGCAAUACUGCAAGAGAGCCACGAUCACGCUCAACCACUCGUCCGAGAUGCCGCUGGCGCAGGGAAUCGUCUUUGAGUGAAUGUCGCGAAUGUUGAAGAAUCAGGGCUAAUAAAUGAGGAGUUUUUGUGG